CUUCCUGCACCUGUCCGGCCCAGGAAGUGCCAUGGGACAGCUGAUCGCCAAGUUAAUGAGCAUCUUCGGGAACCAGGAGCACAAGGUUAUCAUCGUGGGACUGGACAAUGCAGGAAAGACCACCAUUCUCUACCGGUUCUUGACCAAUGAGGUGGUCCAUACGUGUCCCACCAUUGGCAGCAACAUGGAGGAGAUCAUUCUGCCGAAGACCCACUUCCUCAUGUGGGACAUAGUGAGACAGGAGGCUCUGAGCUUUAUCUGGAACACAUAUUACUCCAACACUGAGUUCAUCAUCCUUGUGAUUGACAGCACAGACCAGGAUCGGCUGCUGACCGCUCGGGAGGAGCUAUAUAAAAUGCUGGCCCGUGAGGCUCUGCGGGAUGCUUCAGUCCUGAUAUUUGCCAAUAAGCAGAACGUGAAGGACUCCGUGAGGAUGGUGGAGAUCUCCUAUUUCCUUAUUCUCAGCACCAUCAAAGACCACUCGUGGCAUAUACAAGGCUGCUGUGCCCUCACCCGGGAAGGGCUGCCUGCCAGGCUGCAGGGGAUGGAAUCUCAGGCCGCUGCUAACUGAUGUUCCAGUCUGAGGUCAACCAGAAACUUUGGGGUUUUGCAUGGUCAACAUGGGUGGAAAAUCAAGUGGCUAUUUAUUACUUUUCUGUGGUUCUCUGGUGGGAGCAGUGGCUGCUAUGGACAGUGAGAUUGACACCAUUCUCCCAACCCGUUGCUGAGAAGCUGGACUGCAUACCUUGGAUUCCUGCAGACAGCACAGCAGAAUAAGUUGCUCCUCACUCCAUGGCGGCAGGCAUCCUUCUUGGAGAUGUCAGGGAAAUGUCGGAUAUGUUGCAGAUUUAGGGAGUGGAACCCUCUCCCUCUCCUCAGCCCUCAAUCUCUCCGUAGGAAUAAUGUGUGUGUGUGUUGGGAGGCAGAUUAAGAGACCCCUGAGGCUGGGCGCGGUGGCUCACUCCUGUAAUCCAGCACUUUGGGAGGCUGAGCCGGGAGGAUCACUUGAGGUCAGGAGUUGGAGACCAGCCUGGCUAACACGGUGAAACCCCGUCUCUACUAAAAAUAUAAAAAUUAGCUUGGUAGUGGUGCACGCCUGUAGUCCCAGCUACUCGGGUGGCUGAGGCAGAAGAAUUGCUUGAACCCGGGAGGUUGGAGGUUGCAGUGAGCCGAGAUCGUGCCACUUCUGCACUCCAGCCUGGGCGGCAGAGCGAGACACCGUCUCAAACAAAACAAAACAAAACACAAAAAUUAGCCGGACGUGGUGGCGGGCGUCUGUAAUCCUAGCUACUCGGGAGGCUGAGACAGGAGAAUCCUUUGAACCCGGGAGGCAGAGGUUGCAGUGAGUUGAGAUCGUGCCACUGCACUCCAGCCUGGGCGACAGAGCGAGACUCCGUCUCGAAAAAAAAAAAAAAAGAAAAAAAAGAAAAAGAAAAAGACACCCCUGGAGUUGCUCUUCAUUUCCUCAAACCUACCCCCACCCUCAGGCUUUUUAGCCCCUCAGCCAUUUUUGUCCCAUUCCCUUUGGGCAAAAGAGAUUCUAGAAAGGUGAAGAAUGUGGGCUCAAGCGGAGGAGGGCAGAGGCAAAAACUGGAAGGGGAAAUGGAGGAGGACAGGACGUCCCAGAUGGGGACAGCCCUUUGCACUGCAGGGAUUCCACUUCUCCUCGUCUUCCCAUUCCCUCUGAGAUGCUGACUCUGACCACAGCUCUUGGACUUUAAGCCACUCCACGGCAUCCCCUUUACUUCCAGUGUCCUUCCAAUGUGAAUCCCACUCCUCCCAAAUAUACCAGAUUCCUACAGGGGCUGCUUAUUUUGUCUGUCUUUGUGUUAUGAUUAUUUU